AUGAGUCGACAUUCAUCUGAGAAUUACGACCCAUGUUAUCCUGACCAACCUGUUGUAGACCUCUAUCUUCCUAUAUGGGCAAAUCAACCAUCCUUCAAGUCUAAAGCAGCUUUUGUAUGGGUUGAAGAUAAAGAUGAUGCAACUGGCGUGUCAACUAGGUCUACGCUCACUUACUCUCAACUCAAUUCCUCUGCCCAAUCAAUAGCUUCGCGUCUUCUCAUUUCUUUACAGAGAGGAGACACUGUUCUCAUACUGUGUCCACCUGGUCUUCAACUGGUUCAAAUUAUAUUUGGAUGCCAGAGAGCCGGUCUUUUAAGUGUGCCCAUUUUCCCACCAGAUCUUUCUCUCCCUACGAAACACCAUCAUCUUAUAAGAGUUUUCUCACAGACUAAACCCAAAGCAGUCAUUUCUCAUCAAGAUUAUAUUAGUGGUAUUCUGCGUUAUUUCUCAUCUUCUUCCAAAGGUAAACAACUCUCAGAACUAAUGCAGAAUCUGAAAUGGGUAUCUGUGGAUGACUUGAAGGAAGACGUCGAUGAUGAUCAGUCGUUCAAACUAAAUCGUUCUUCUUCUCAUGCAUCAUAUGAUGGAUGUAAAGCUGAGGAUGUAUAUUUGAUUCAGUACACAUCUGGUGCAACUGGAAUACCAAAGCCUGUUCUCGUAACUGCGGGAUCAGCUGCUCAUAAUGUUAGAGCAGCAAGGAAAGCUUAUGAUCUUGAUCCGAGUAGCGUUAUUAUCUCAUGGCUUCCUCAAUAUCAUGAUUGUGGACUCAUGUUUCUCUUAUUAACAGUUGUGUCUGGAACAACUUGUAUACUCAGCUCACCGGGGUUGUUUGUGAAGAGACCACGUUUCUGGCUAGAACUGAUUACCGAGUUUAAAGGGAAUUGUACUCCUGUUCCUUCCUUUGCUUUACCGCUUGUUGUUCGGCGUGGCAGGAUUGAUCAAGGUGCAAUACCUUUAAAUUUAUCGAGUUUACGAAACUUAAUUCUCAUCAAUGAACCAAUUAGGGAAGAAGCUGUCAAUGAAUUUAUCGAUGCAUUUAAGGUUGUGGGGUUGAAUUCAGCUUGUAUCUCUCCUUCCUACGGGUUGGCCGAGAAUUGCACCUUUGUCUCAACUUCAUGGAGAAAGACAUCAUCAUCAACUAAUUCCGGUAACAUGCCGCCUUAUAAGAAGCUCCUACCUAGUGCGAGACUCUCUUGGAAUCCAUCUGAACAAUAUGAUCAGGAGUAUGAUAACGAAAUGGACAUUAUUAUUGUGGACCAAGAUACACAUGAACUAGUGGAAGAUGGAGUAGAAGGAGAGAUAUGGAUUUCGUCACCAAGCAACGCAACUGGUUACCUCGGCUACCCAUAUUUAACAAGUGAAGUUUUUCAAGGAAGAUUACAAGGAAGAGUAAGCCAUCAAUACGUGAGAACCAGCGACAAGGGAAUUGUCAUAGGAAAAGAGAGGUACUUGUUUGUAUUGGGUCGAUGUUUAGAUGUUAUUAGGACCCAAAAUUAUCAAGAAAUUCAUCCUCAUUAUUUAGAAACAACUGCUUACAAAAGCUGCCCUAAGCUUCUACGAGGAGGUUGUAUAGCUGCAUUCCAGAUUACAGAAACCAUCGUUAUUGUAGCAGAAUUGCAAAGAAGUACUGAAGAAAGGGAUGCCGGAGUAUUACGGAGACUAUGUGAAGGCAUACGAGAAGCGGUUUGGAAGGAACAUGACAAGGUUGAGGUUGGGUUAGUUGUGUUGGUUGAGAAUGGAAGUGUAGAGAAAACUACAUCGGGUAAGAUACAAAGAUGGGCAACUAAGAAUAAGUUGAUUGGAGGUGAAUUUAAUCCAGUGAGCGAAAUAUGGUUCAGAGACCAUAAGAAAAACAUGCCAUCUUCGGCAGUAAAAUUUCAUUUCGAAAAGAAUGGCAAGGGAAAGAUAAAAGAUGAGAAACAAGAAGAGCUAAUCCAUGCAUCCUCAAUGACACCCGGGACCAAUCGUUUAACUUUGAUAUCUUUUCUGUGA